GGCAAUCCUGACAACGAAGCCGAAAUCACAGCAGCACAUGAGAAAUCAGUGCAAAUCACGAUUUGGCUGGAAUCCAUUACCAACGCCAGUCGCAGCUAACGCUUUCAAUUUCUGAUUCGAUUCCAGGUGCUGAACAAUAGAAAUCAGCGCUGAUUUCUACAGAGUGAGUUCCCGUGGGACACGAACCGGUCUGAGCCGGAAGGCGUGUCCUUCACCGGGGACCCUGCUCAUUGCGCGAAACGCAUCUUACCUGACAAGCUCGCACUUUCCCCGCCGCCGCGACCCUCUCCCCUCUUCCCUUUCUUUCUUCUUUCCCGAGAUGCUGUCGGCUCGAAAUCGCCAAAUUGCACUGCCACUGGCACGCCGUUUCUCGACUGCUUCAACCUCCAAUCCAAACAUCAGCUUCUUCCGGCGGUAAGAGGGGAUGCAAGAACAUAGGCAAGAACGCACGGACGGGGUCUGUCAAUGGGGUGCGUUUGUGUUUCAGGCCAACAGUUUUGCUCGGGACGGGGCUGGUGGGUGGUGUGUUGAUGCAGGUGCGGCCCUCCACUCACACGUGUUCACACCAGCCAGCUGCUGCUCGUAUGAUUGGUUUAUGCAGACGUACUACGGGACAGCGGACGACUUCUUUUCAGGCAAGUACCGCACCAACGCCGACCCCGACGCCCUGCUGGAGUUCUACCAGGCCGAGGAGCUGCUCAAGAUAUUCGCGUUCCAGCAGUUUCUCGGGCCGAUCUUCUUCAAGUUUGUGAUGGACGGCAUUACGGUGGAGGAUCACAUCCCCGGGCCCCCCGGCAAGUGGGACGCCCGCAUGAAGAGCCUGAACCUGGGCAUGGAGGUGGAGUUCAAGCUCACGGAGAAGGAGAUGGUGACGGAGGAGGGCCACAAGGUGCUGGGCUCCUUCGUGCGGCACGAGCGCUUCAAGAACUUCAUCCCUUACACCCCCAUCCUGGUUCGUAGCAUGAAUGAAUGAACACAACACCAUGCGACCUAUCAAGAGUGCAUUUGUGUACGUGGGCGUGUGUGUGUCAUGCUGUCUUUCGAUCCAUCAGCUGUGGGAUCAGACCUGGGACUACGGUUUCAAGCGGAUGCCGGACGGGAGCUACGAGUGUUUCCAUAAGGGCAGACGGUUCUACGGCCCCUUCUUCAUGCGGCUCGCCGUGUGGGCCCACCAGACGAUCGUCCUCUACCUGUGCAAGAAAUACGUCAACAGCGCGACCUUCGGCGAAGAAGAGGCCGACGACGACGAGUGACGAGACAGACAGUCCCGCCGCCAAAGGAUCAGACUGCCUGUAGGCUCUGGUGUGUGCACAUGUCGGUGCUUGUGCGCGUGUGCGUGUCAGUGCGUGAUCCUUCGACUGAUUCUUGUGACUGGCUGACUGACUGAAUCGCUGUAAAAAGGGAUUUUGCUACGAAGGAUUGUUGACUGACCCUACAUGCUGACGGUGGGGUUUUUGACUCGCCUGGCCGGGUGAGAGGGGACUGACUUGUCUCGACGCUGGGGUGGGAUUCUCUAAUACCUUCAGACGGCGGCGACGUUUAGGCACUCUGACUCAGGCACACUGAAAAUGACCUUCUGCCACGACAUCUGCAUCACAUGAAUGCACGCGCGUCCAUCGG